CACGGGGACACGGGGGUGAGCUUACUGCCCCACAGCCUGUGGUGUCUGCACUGUUGCCCCAGAGCCAUUGUUGCUGUGGGCUUCUCUGUUUCCAUGACAACCAUCAGGGGUUGGCUACUUCCCAAGGUCGCCAUGGCAACUAUCAGAGGGGAGUCAUGCUUGGGAUGCUUGGCUGGCUUUUUGGUGAAUGAUUAGAAUGUGUGACACAAUGCAGACGCAAACACUGGGAGGAGGCGCGGGCUGGCGGCUGGCGGGACAGCUCCCGCCAGACGGGCAGAGCUCCCAGGCCAGCGGCUGCCCCUCCCCACCUGCCCCGGGGCGGCCUCGCGCCUGCCCCCCUCUGAGCCGGGCCAGCCAGGGGCAGCCAGGGGGAGGCGGUGAUGUCCCGGCGGCAGAGCCCUUGGCGGAGUUACGAUUUCCGGGCAGUUCUGUGCGGGUGACGGCGCCCAGGUUAUGACGACUAAUCCCAAACCGAACAAGGCAUUAAAGGUCAAGAAGGAGGCGGGCGAGAACGCCCCGGUGCUCAGCGACGAUGAGCUGGUGUCCAUGUCGGUGCGGGAGCUGAACCAGCACCUGCGGGGCCUGUCCAAGGAGGAGGUGGUGCGGCUGAAGCAGCGCCGGCGCACGCUCAAGAACCGCGGCUACGCCGCCAGCUGCCGCAUCAAGCGGGUGACGCAGAAGGAGGAGCUGGAGCGGCAGCGGGUGGCGCUGCAGCGCGAGGUGGAGAAGCUGGCCUCGGAGAACGCCAGCAUGCGGCUGGAGCUGGACGCGCUGCGCUCCAAGUACGAGGCCCUGCAGACCUUCGCCCGCACCGUGGCCCGCGGGCCCGUCACGCCCUCCAAGGUGGCCACCACCAGCGUCAUCACCAUCGUCAAGUCGCCCUCCGCGCCCUUCACGGCCGCCUCCUAGUGCCGGGCCGGGCGCAGGGGCACCGGGCACGUCCCUCGUGCCGUCCGAGGGCCCACGGGGCCGAUCCCAACACCAAGGCCACGUGCAGAGUCCACGGGGCUCCCGUGGGGCCGGCGGAGAGGAGGGUCCACGGACCUGUGAGCCGCACGCCUUCCUGCACGCGCCCACAUGCGCCCACGCGCACACACGCACACGCGCACGCACUGGCCGCCCUCGGCCACCCGCUCUCCAGGCUGUCGCUUUAGGGUCUGUCUCCCGGGGGGCCCUCGGAGGCUCCCGGCCUGAGGCCCCAGGGCCCUGCCCACCUCCAGCCUCAGCAGCUGCCAGCAGCGGAGCCUCGUCCCCGGGCCGCCCAGCUGCCCCAGGAGCGCCGUCUCCGGGGCCACAGGCUCCGUGCCCGCCGCGGCCGUGCCCUGUGCCGGCGACGGGCAAAGCGAGGCUCUGGGCAUCACGGGGCCGCGUGGAGCGCUGCAGUGUCCCAGUGUCAGUGACGAGGGAGGUCCCCAGCUCCCGGCUGCAGCCCUCCAGCCCUGCCCACCCGCAGAGCCUGGCUGGGGGGGGGGCUGGGCGGGAGGGGGAGGAGAGGGGAGCUCGGAGGAAUGGGUUGGCGCAGGGGGUCUGCUCAGCCGUGGGAGUUGGAGGUGGAGCUGGGCUGCUCCUGGUUCCUGCAGCCAGAGGAGGGAGGAGAGGGGUGCAGGAGGCGGCACAGGCCGGAAGGUGGGGCGCCUGCAUGGUGUCUGCACAGAGGACGGGACCCUGCAGCCUUGGUGCUUCAUCAUCACCUGCACCCCUCUGGGAGCCACGGGCGACCUCGGUGACCUCUGCCGGGGCUUCCCGCCCUCGGCGCUGCUGCAGGGCCCCCCGAGCCCCACGCCCCCGGAGCCCAGGCUCCUGACCCGCCCGGGAGGACCAGCAAGCUGUGAAGGCCCGCCGGCGGGAGGAGGGGCGGAGGGCUGCGUCCGUCCCGGCUGCCUGUCCCCGAAGGACUGACCGCUGGCCCGCGGCUGCGUCCUGUCCUGGGGGCAGGAGGGCUGGGCGAGCGGCCCCAGAGUGAGGCCGGGGUGGGCGCUGUCGACGCCAUAGCUGUAGGUAAUCCACAUUGGAUGUCAGUAAGGACCGGGGAGUAUUUAAAAGAGAAGUAUAUAUAUAUAUAUAAAAUUCUAUACACAUUUUAUCGUCGGGUUUUGUACCUCUUCCUGUUUGAUACUGUACAUGUACAGCCGGGCUGCGGGUGGAGGGUCCAGAUUGGAGCUCUGCCUGCGACCCGUCUUCCCACUGCCCUCUGGGCCCCGCCCGUGUGCCCAGGGCCUGGCGGGUGUCCCGCUCGGUGCCCACUGGGUUCCUAGAAUGCCCAGCUACCCCCUCCCCCGGGGCAGGGGUCGCGGGAGGCCUGGUGCACCCCUCGUGCUUCUCCCCGAUUAUGACCGUCACUGUCACGUUUAACAGGUGGACUUUUAUUUAAGAGGACAGGGAGGCCCUGGGCUUCAGACCGGAAUCUUCCGCGGGCACCUGCCUUCCCAGGGCAGGCCCGCCCCUCGCCUCGGCGCUCAGCAAUUCCAUUUCAAUAUUUAUUUUGUGCUGCUUCUGCCCCGACAUAAAUUAUUGAGACGACCCUCUGGUGACCCUGUCCCCGUGGGCAUGCCGUGCCCACAGCCACACCUAAUUUAUUGCUGUACAUCUCCGCCGGAUGCUUUUGUACCUUCGCAAUAAAGACUCCUCGUUUCA